AUGAUUACAGAUCCCAAUGAAGACAAUGAAUACAGUAACGAUAAUGUUAAUAAUCCACAAUAUCACGAUUAUUCAGCCGGGAGUGAUAUCGAACAGAAGGAUGACGAAGAAUCCACAUCGACCUUCGUUAAGCAACAACAACCAAGUAUUAUUGAUGAUAACCAACCAGCAACGUCAUUACCCAAUAUUUCACUCAGUGUAGCAACACAAGUACAUAUUCAACAUUUAUUAGACGGUAUUGUCGAUUUUAGUGGCAGAAAUGAAGAUGUUCGAACAUGGAUACAACGUAUUGAAUUAUUAUUUGAUUUAGCUGAUUAUACGAAGUUCAAAUGGAUAAAAUUGACAACAUUACAUUUAACAGAUCAUGCAUUAUGUUGGUACAAUGCCAAUAAAAAUAAAUUUCAUGACAGGGAUGUAUUUUGCCAAAUGUUAAUAAAACAAUAUUUAGCAAAUCCGACACCAGCUACCACAACAAGUCAAACGAUUCAAGUGGACGAUAAUAAUCUAAUCAUACCACGACAAAAUGAUUUACUAGUGACUGAAAUACCAACUAUACGACAAAACCACUCAUCAACCAAUCUUUCACUAUCUGCCAGGUUUAAACAUCAAGACCAAAUCAUCAGUUUUCGACCUGGCAACAGUGAUGAUGAGACUUCUUCUAAACAACGAACAUGCGGGCAAAUUGAAUUAGAAAAAUAUUUGCAAUUGAAACUUAUCCAAAGGAAUGAGCAAGACAUUGAAGAAGAAGAAAAGAACGGCGGUUAUGAUCCUCUUAAGUUCUGGCGAAAAGAAAAGAACAAUCUACCCUUGUUAAGUUUGUUAACACAGAAGAUACUUGCAGUGCCGGCGUCGUCAGCCGCUGUAGAACGUACGUUGUCUGCUGCUGGCGUUAUAAUCACACAACGUCGAGCUACUCUAAACACUCGAACAGUCAACGAUAUAACAGUAGUGCGUUCAAGUCAGAAAUGAUUAGAUAAUUUUAUUUUGUUUUUUGUCCUUAUCUCUACGUUAGUGUGUGUUCUAUUUUUGCUUCAAUGAAAGAUAUUAUGUUUAUAUUUUUUAUCCAUUUUUAUAGUAAAGGAGAUAAUUCUUUAUGUGAAUUAAAAUAAAACAAUGAAUAGCUCCUGUUAGCAAACAUUUUCCGGAUUCAGGAGGAUCGAUGAGAAAGUGCUUUAUCAAUAGUUGACGAUGGACGAGGCGGUGACGGGACAGAAAGCUUACGGGGCGCGGCCCGCGGAGAAGAAUUUUGAAAACUUGACGAGGGACGAGGCGAUGACGAGGCAAGAGCUACAUGAGGCGAAGCCUAGACAACGUAGGGCUGUGAUCACAUUAUAAUUUUAAUAUUACUAGGAGUCAGGAGAAAGUUUUCGUAGUUAAGAUAGUCAUUAGUUUAAUUCGAAGACAGAGUUCGCUUUUGUAAAAGAUGAACGUUUCCGCGUUGAUAGUGUAUUUGACCGAUGCAUUGAUAUCAUAUAUCUUAUAUUGAUUUUAUCCAAAAUAUGCAUAGUGCUUGACAUUUGGAACACUGUAUUAUUUGUACUGAUCCUAUUUGUUAAUCUGCAGAUGUCAAACGAGCUUCUCCUAUUUUAUCAUAGUUUUAGUACUGGACUUCUUUUCGAAUAAAUCUUUACUAUUAUAAAAAAAGUAUGACACUAUUGUAUUUUCCUGGUAUUAAGAAAAAUAUUUUGUUCUAAGAAAGUCUAAACAGUAUCAUAGUAGAAUGAACUAUAAAAGACAUGUUCUCUUUUUACUUUAAAUGUGUUGUUGCUAGCUUGAUAAAUAAAUAAUCUUUCGAAACACGACGCUUGAUGAUCUUUAAAGAAGUACAAACCCUAGAGAAAGUACUGAGUUCAAGGUACCCAUGUACUGAGAAAGCCUCAGCAAGGUACCCGAUAUGGGUACUUCGAAAAUUCUUAGUAAUUAUACUAAUGUAGGUACUGCAUUGGGUACCCAU